CGAGUCGCGCUCGGCGGGUCCGCACGCGCCAACAUGCCGUGAACAGAGCGUUAAGAUGCGGACGAUAGUGCUGGUGUACAUCGCGUUGCAGUGUAUGUGCGAGUGCGAUGUGAGGAAACAUGGGCACGCUCUGAUAAGACACGGGCGGUCCCGCGUGCAUUUCACGCGCCUACACUCGCGACCAAAGGACCUCAUCGCUAACUCAGACAGAAAUGAUUUCGAUAACAUUGAAAUCUCCGAGCCAAUCGUAUCAGCGCUAAGACCUCACGAAAUCCCAGAAAUAGACCGGGCUUCCAAAACAAACUUCGACUCAUUUCAAAAAUAUUUCGGAAACUUUUCAUCGGCGCACGAACAAAAACCCGAAAGGACAACUGAAGUGUCUUUAGCCGAUCAUUUCAUGAAUGUAGAGCAUAGUUACGAUAAUAACGAAACCCAGAGAAUAACAAUGGAUGAAAAUUUAGAAGUUCUUGAUAAAGAAAAUAGCACAGAUAAGUUUGAAAAUGCUACAGUUGUUAGGAACGUUCACGAAGAUGUUGUAACGAAAUUCCUUCGGCUUAUAGAAUCACAGCACUUACUAGGUGAGAAUUGUACAGCUGGUACACAUUUGAAUCUGGGAGAAGGAGUGGUAGAUAGAUAUGCUCAAGAAAGAUUUAGAGUAGAAGCAGAUGUUGCUGUCAAUAGAGCUAAUAUGUUAACUAGACUAUGGAAAUAUGCUGGAUCAUCGGUUAUGUACAAUGAAUAUCUCCUUCACGCUAGUGUCUUUUCGAUGGUGGAGUUUGACGACGAUAUUUUUGCAGCUGGUAAUUGUUACGACCAAUACCAGUAUAAGGAUUACCAAUUAUUUUGCCCGUUUGCGUAUCGUCUACCAGAGGGACCAAUAUUGGCCAAAGAUUUAGCUGUCGAAUACAAAUAUUUGAGUAAUACAUCAGAAUGGUUUUACAUAGCUAGGAAGAAUGCUGAACGUGUUAUAAGAAAUCAUAAUCAGUUUCGCCGAGGUUACAACACAUAUACUUUCAACGACACGGCUCAUACAGAUAGAGAGCCAGACGAGAUCCUCUCGGUGACGUAUGAAGACGGAAAAUGGUCGAAACCCUACUACGACUGCGGCGGUGGUAACAUCUGGAUGCUGACGUACACUGUGCCUUUCUUUGGAUACAAUAAUGGAAGUUAUUUCUUCAAGGGAACAAGCGGUAUUGACAUCGACCUCCGGAGAGUAGAUAUAGACCAGUGCCCGAUCAGGUCUGGCUCCACACAGCUGAACAUCUUCGCUGGGACCGACAAAUGCAAGAAGAAAACUACGGAAUGCGUUCCGAUUCCCGGACUGGGGUUUCGUCGUGGUUCUUAUCGGUGCGUUUGCAAGCGCGGCUUCUAUUUUCCCAACACUACCGCCGGGAAUAGGUACUAUAACGGCAGCGACAUUGAAGAGGAAUAUGAGAAACAUUUAUUGCACCAACGCAGUCUCUACUCGAAGACAGAAGCCUACGAAUGCUUACCUUGCGCUGAAGGCUGCGAGGCCUGCACCGAUGGCUCUCCGUGUGUGGCCGCUCUCAACUGGGUCGUCAGAACCACGAUCUUCGCGCUGGCCUGCUUGGUCAUCUCUUGUCUGCCUUUCAUUGUCUAUUUUACUAUUAAAUAUGGCCAUGUCAGGGUGGUCCGGGCUGCUAGUCCUGCUCUCCUCAGGGUCAUAGUUUUGGGUGCUCUUCUCAUUUACUGCACAACACUCGUGAUGUACGGACGACCGACUGUCUUGACCUGCACCGCCAGGGUGUGGCUGCGCGAAGUAGGCUUCUGCUUAACGUAUGGAGCCCUAAUGCUAAAGACUUGGAGGAUCUCUGUAAUCUUCCAAAUCCGUUCAGCGAAGGCCGUGAAGAUAUCAGAUAUGUAUCUGCUGAGGAGGAUCGGUAUCAUAGUAGGAGUGGCGUGCGUUCUACUCGCCAUCCGGACCCUCGUGGCACCCCCCACUGUGAUUGUGGGACGAACUAAGGACGACUUGAAGGCGUAUCUCUGUAACACGGAUUGGUGGGAUCAUUCCUUCACUACGCUCGAAGUAAUCUUUCUGAUGUGGGGCAUAAGGCUCUGUAUCAUGGUGAGAAAGGCACCUUCGGAAUUUAACGAGAGCAGAUUCAUAUCUAUGGCGAUAUACAACGAGUUUCUCCUAUCCGUUUUCCUCAAUAUUUCGAUGUUGUUCCUACAAUCGCCGGCCAACCCUGACCUGUUGUACAUAAUAUUCUUCUGUCACACACAACUGACCGUCACCCUACUCCUGUGUUUCAUAUUUGGAAGCAAGGCAUACAUGGUCUAUAAAGGCCACGGAAAGGAUGACAGGGAGAAGACUGGAAAGUUCCGUUCCAGGGCUGCAGAAUCCACGUACACGAUGACCACGAACAGAACUGCCAGAUUUUGUGAUAACAUGACCGAGAGAGAGCUUGAGGAGGAGUUCCGAAAGAUAUGCAACCAACUCGACAAGUUAAGGGAAAGGUGUGGAGGCAGCGCUCAUAUCGCGAGGAAAAUCAUAGCCAUGCAAGAUUCUGUUGUGAUUCACGAACGGAAACCCGCCACAUCUGAAUCAGCUCCGCUUAAACUACACACAGUGUUCAGUGCCGUAGCUGACAGGCUUAUGUGCACCGUCACCCCUGCUGAAGAAUCUAGCAGCAGCGGCAGGGACAUGCCAUUCGAAGCUCCCCCAGCUUAUAAACAGAAAACUUUUAGCCCAAACAAAAGCGUCGAAACAAGCAACGCGGAGCAAAGUCAUACAGACGUCACGGUUACUGCAGAGUCUCCUAAGAAAAAGGCUGAUCUGAACGAGGCCAAAGAUGAGAAGCAGAAUGGAGUAUUUAAAAUUAGUGGAGAAGCAAAUUGUGGGGAUAUAAGACCUCCGGAAGUAGCUAGUAGAAACGGACUUAACGGUAAAAGUGAGAAGAGUGAUUCAAAAUCGAAUCCCGGUAGUGUUGAGACUAUUCGAGGAGUGAGAUCAGGUCACGCCAGGACACAUGCUAUCGUCAUCAACUUGGAUGACAAGAGUCGAUUCACUGAAGAGGUCACUGUUUAAAGACUGUACUUACGUUCCAAUGACUAUGUGUGUUUAAUGUUUUAUAUGGGAAGCAUGUGAUUUAUUAUUUUGAUAGCUGCUAGGUGAAGGAAAUAAAGAAGGUUCUGUUGAUAGCUUUAAAUAUUUUUCUCAUUUUCUUGGUAUUACUGAUGUUAUUAAUGGCUGAUACAUUUUUAAUAGCAAUACGUUUAGUUAUUGAUACAUUAGACGCUGAGAAAAACUGAUAAGAUUAAUGCCAAAGAAGUUGUUUUCAGGAAUGGAUGUGUGUCAAUGGUGUAUUUUUUAAAUUUCUUAAGGCUAAGGUUUAUGCUGUGAAGGUUUUUUAAAAUGACCACGUGAUGUUGUUGUAGUUUUAAGAUAAAUGAUGUAUAGUGAUGAUAUUAUGCUUUUUUUCGCAAAUUUAAGUAAGGUGGUCCAGUCAUCUAAGGCCUGCUUCAUUUUACAUAAUAAUAUUCCAACGUUAACUCGAAGAUGUUUUACUGAGUGUCGGACUUAUUCUAGGUAAAACUAUCUUCCCUCAAAAAAAUAUUUUUACAGCGAUUAUCAGUAAGACCCGACUAUUAACAGCCGGAUCGGUACCCAACGGGGAGACUUAAGAAGCAUAAGGUCUAUGGGGCCAGAUUUAAACAAAAGUAUGUCCAUAAAUGCACGUGGUCGGCAGCCUCACUGCUAUUAAUUGACACUGUCAACAGAAUAAGCUUGUUCUAUCCCAGCUGCAAUCGUAAAAAAUAGUUCAAACUCUGAUAUCAUCGCUAAACUUUAAAAUUCUAGUCUAUACUGUGAUUCUUAGGUAUUAUUUCGAGAGUAGUUUCAAACAAAGCAUAUCAUUGUGUUAAUAUAUUCUGUAGAAACUCUAACUUUAGAAAUUGUAUAAAAAUCUAUAUUAUAAUUACAAUGUAUUUUUUGUGUGACAAACUCUUACAUUUAAUUCAUUUGCAUAUUGUGGAAAGAGAAGGGUAAAGUAAUAAUUCCAAAGAUGUGUAGACACGACGUUUCAAUUUUAUUUGUGGCUUUAAAUUGUUUAAUGUACCUAUUUAUUGUGUAGAAAUUAAAUAUUUAAAAAGUUGUAACUGUGUUCCCCGUCACACAGAUAAAGUAAGAUUAGAUUAUUAAUGACCACUAUGGCCAUCGUAAUCUAUAUUUAUAAUUUAAAAUCAAUAUAAAAAUCUUGUUGUGAUUCUAUUAACACGCAUUCUAUUUCGAAGUUGUACCAAUCAUAGUAGACGUAAUUAUCCUUCCUAAAAUGAUUAUAGUCGCAUAUUUCACAGGCAAUUCUCUGUUUUAUUCAGGCUAAUUAUCGAUUAUCGACAGUUUGACUUCGUAAUAAUGACUGUAAUUGCAUAUAAAAAUUUUAAUAUAAGCAUAAAAAUAAAUGUAAAUAAUAUGCGAAUGAAAGACAAUUUAGUGAAUCAAAUUCUUAUAAAUAUAGGAUUAGUUUUGUCUAUAAAAUAUUUGGAUUAUUUAGGAAACUAUUAAGAUCAUUGUAAAUAUAUUUUAUUGGAAUAUAAAUCUAAUGAUAUAAUUAUAGAUAAGAGAUAGGUGUGAAUUAAUGAUUAAUUAUUUAAUAUUCUAUCAUUUCAAUGAGAUCCAAAUAUAUAAAAAAAAUCCUAAUUAAUAAGAUGCUUAUCUCAUAUGCUACUUGUUUUCAUAAACAUUAUCCAUUAAACUCAAACAAUAAAAUUCUAAAAGCAACUCCUCGAACCCAAUACAUACAUACCUACAUAUUUUAAGACUCUCUAUAAACUCCUCUAUUGAAUUACAGAUUUAUUAUUAGAAUUCAAAUCUUUGAAAAUAUCCAAAACAUUCCUAAAUAUAAAUUGAUAAAUUAAAUAUUUUACAGAAAUUGAGUCAACAUUUAUUAUAAUAGAAUUGAAUUUUAUCUCAAAUAUUCAAGCAUAAUAGUAUUAGUAAUACAGAAAACAGCUUUGAUGUAGUUAAAAUAAGAACUCUUGCUGAUUAUUGUGAUCCUAGUACUUUCUAUCAAAUUGUGUAUGCAUACAUACACUAGAAUAUAAAUACAAAACUUAAUGUAAUGCGUUAGCUUAUUUCUCUCAACGAUAUCAACUAAAUAUUCGCUUGAAAAAAAAAAUGGAACACACAUAGUACACAUAUACACACCAAAAAAAUUAAGUGCACCAAAUGCUAAAGUGUUGUAAAUAGAUUUACCGAUCAUGCCUUCAGUCCAAACUGGAGAGUCGACAUUCGACCCUAUUCGUAUCACCGAUUCGCGUAAGGUUUAAGAUGGUGCCAUUUGUAGUGAUAUAAUUUUGAAUUAUUGAAUAAUUAAUAAAACAAUAUUGAAAUUAAUUAAUAAAAAAAAUACUCUACUAUAAAAAAAGGCUUGCCUAAAUCAGAUUAUUAUGUCCGAAUUUUGUCACUAUCAUUUGAACGUGUGAAAUGCAUUACAGUUGGAUACAAUGCAAAUUUAUCGUCAGCUGACUGCAGAGUUCUUUGAGAAAAAUCAGAUAGAUACAUUUUAUAGAGAAAAUAUACUGAAAUACACUUUAAAAUUCAUAUAUUCUCCUUAAAACUCUUUCUUAUCAGCACUUUAUAUUCUGAACAAUACGCAAGUAACAGAUGCGCUGGCUAUUUAAAUCAUUCCAAUAUUCUAUCAUAAAAUACACUAUUUAUAAUAAUACUGUCCGAUAUUUCGAUAUUUAAAUCAACAUAAUAUAAGACUAAAAUUUAUUAAAUAUACACUGCAAGCUUUAGAAUAAUUUUGAAUUUUAUUGUAAAUAUUAACUAAUUAAAAUGCUUGUAUGUAUGCAAUGUGAUUGCGUGUUAAAACUACGAAGACGCUGAUGUUGGACUCAAUAAACAUUGAGAAUAUUA